GAAGAAGUGUCGUCUCUAGGAUACAGAGGAAGCGUCCCUGCUUUUCGGUGUUUUAACCUUAGCUCUCCAGUGUCUGGUGAUGCCACCAGUGGAGCAUCUUCACCUGAAUCAUGUUCUUCAGGCAGUUUCUGUAUUGGAAUCAGUUGUCCUCCGUAGUUUUGGCCCCAAAGGAGGGCAGGUGUUGUUCACCCGAGACACAGGACAAGCCAUGUUGAGCCGAAGUGGGAUAAAAAUUGUCACUGCAUUACGACUGGAAAAUCCACUGGCCAGGUUGAUUGUUGAAUCCGUCUUGAAGCAUAGCACUGUGACAGGUGACGGAUCUAAGACAUUUAUCCUUCUGCUAGCGUCAUUACUAAGGAUGAUUCAUGCGACAGCUUGCAAGGAGCCUAAUACAUCUCAAAGUUAUGACUCUAGAGAUGUAGCAGUGGCUUCUACUGCCAGACGCUGGGCUAAAAAACUGCUGGCCUUUGCACUGGAGGACCUUCACGACACAGUUGCCAUGGGGGUAGUCCCAUUUGGAUGCUGUCUUUCGAGUGAGGAGUUCACUGCUAAAGCACACAUUCCCAGUGUUCAGAAGCUGCUUGCGUCUUUCUUUCAUUCACGUUUGGGUCAAACACACUGUGACUUUUUUAGCAACCUCACAUGUGAACUGCUCAGUAACUGGAAAUUAAAAAAUGAUCCCCCCUCUGUAUCACUCCACCUCAUAGAUGACAACUUAUCUGCUUUGCAUACACCUGUAACAGGCUUUCCUAUUAGUUGUUCACGUUUGAUUGAGGGGCAGAUCAUUCACAGAGACUUUGUUACAUCCUGUCCACAAAGUGAACAACAGCUGGUUAAAGCUGUUGUUUUAUCUGGCUGUCUGCAGCCUAAACUGCUCAGUGCAGGAGAAGUGCUGGAGCUGAGAUGUGGAGAACAAGGAAUGGGUCAGAAUUCAAGGAUGGAGAGAAGUAUUGUGCAGUUUAGUGCCUGGGCAGAAAGGUCACUAGAGUGUGCUAUUGCAAACCUGAAGAGUUUGGGUGUCUCUGUGAUCCUGUCUGCUGUGAAACAGUCUGCUGCUUCCCUGGCCUUAGCUGCACAGGCAGAUAUUAGCAUUGUGGAAUGUGUUGAUGAAGAUGAACUGUCUCUCUUUGCCCGUCUAAGUGGAACAGCACCUGUCACAGACUGCCGGAUGAUUGAACCAGACCACAUUGCAACACUGACCUUUUGCAGGUCAAUACUUCUCGGAGCUCAUAGGUAUGUCCAUGUUGCUUUCCAUGACUCAGACAAAAGGCUAAAGGUCAAACCUCACAGUUUGAUUGUUUGUGGUGCAGGGGAAGGGCAAACUGACCAGUAUGUUUCUGCAUUUCAUGACUCCAUCCGCAUGCUUCUUUCAACUUGGGAGCCCAUGACUACUGCAGCAACUACAUCAUCAACGAAGACCACACAUUCCAACAAAAGCAAAUCUUCACUUUCAGAUAAUGACAUCCCAAAUUCCCCUUCCUUUCAUCGUUAUUUGUUGGAGCCAGGCUGCGUUGUACCUGCUGGUGGGACAUUUGAAUUCCUCUUACAUAAUGCCCUUUUACAACAUAGCCGAAGGUGCUUCAUCUCUGAUGACACAGAUAUGGACAUCCUUGUUGUUUCCAAGCUCUUAGCAAAUGCAGUACUGUGUGUGCCCAGACAGAUAUACUCCCACAGCCCGCAAUGUUUCCUUCAGACUCAAACCAGACUCCUUACUUCUGUUCAGAAUCAUUCCCAACCUUCAAGUUUUGUGGACAAACAAGAGCACAACACAAUUCUUGAACAGUGUGGGAGAAAAAGUAAAUGCUCUCUAGGUGAAGGUGCACAAAGCAUGCAUUGUCACUUGGAGACUGGCAUGCAAGCAAAAGCUUUCACGCUUGACUCAGGCCUUGAAUCCAUCAGCUGUAAAUACCAGCUGCUUCUUGCUGUGCUGCAGUGUCUUUUUAGCCUUCUCCAGGUGGACACCAUGCUUUAUACACGCACUGUCUUACAAUCAGAGGAACUGGCAAACAUUUCCAAGGAUGAAGCUGAGGAAUGAGAUAAAACUGUAAACAUAGUACCCCCCAGUUUUUACUUGUAUCAUUUUAGAGCCAGAGGAAAGUGUAGAG